UGUCAAUGUCAAACGAAAAAAACAAACAAUCACAAAGACUGUGCAAAUUUUAAACAAUCAUUGUCUGGACAUUUUAACAGCAACAUUGAGGCACCGGUAGACCCGAAGAGGCAGAAAAUGGCCCUGAGCAUAUUCUUAGGAAUAUGGAACGAGGAUAAAUUGCGCAGGGUAAAAGUGGACGACGUGGAUUUGGACUCGAACGUGGAAAUCCUCAGGCCCCAUUUGACAAAGGAGUUGGGCGAGAACCCCGAUGACGAUUUCGAACUUACUUUUUGUGGUUUCUUGUUGGAUGACAAGAAGCCUUUGUCAAGCUAUGGGGUCACCGCUGGAGUCACCAUUCAUGUUAUUGAGAAGCUGAAACCUAAGCAGUCUGCCAAAUGUGAGCCACCCAAAAUAAACGAAGCGUUUAUCCAGGAACUUGCUAGUUCUUACAGGAGUUUUAGGGCCUCCCCAUCAUUUAGAACCACUUUACAUCGCCUCGAAAACCCUACAGACUUGGAUAAAAUAAUAUCUGCAGUGCCCGGACUGCAAGAUGACCCUAUGGCAAUAGCUUUUAUAUCGAAACCAGACAUUUUAACCCAAUUGGAAGACCCAAAAACUUGUUGGAAAAUUGCAGAGCGCAACCCAACAAUACUGUUGGCUGUCCGCUAUAUUAUCACCGAGUUUCACAAGACCACUCCAGUAAGUGGAACCGCGGCCUCUUUUCAGCCGCCCCCGUCGUCCGGUCACUCGUAUUCGCUGGACGCCCUAUCGGACGACGACGACGACAUGGAGGGCGACGGACCGUCUUCAGGGGGCGGCAUCACAGCCGCCCAUUUGGCCGCCGCGUUGGCGGCAGCCGCGGGGGGCGGAUCACCGUCCGCUUCCAGGAUCGGGUCGAUGAUUACGCCCGCGAUGUUGCAGGACGCUUUGACGCCCGCUGCCGGCGGAACCGGAAGGUAUGCGACUCAGCUACGCCAAAUGCGGGAUUUGGGGCUUAACGACGAGGGGAGAAACGUGAGGGCCCUCACGGCGGCCGGAGGCGACCUGCAGGCCGCCAUCGAUCUUAUUUUUAGUGGGGCAUUGGACGAUUAAUAUAAACAAUAUAAUUGAUGGGGUUUUUACCUUGUAAGGAUUUAUUUUAAGUUGCAAGGGUGUCUAUUUGUACAUUUUGUGGAAAUAUACAUUUUGAUUUAUUUAAA